GAGCGAGCUGGGGAAGACGGAGCGGGCGCUGCGGCGCGCGGGCGGCCGGCGGGGGGAAGGCGGCGGGAGGAUGGAGCAAGUGGAGAUCCUGAGGAGGUUCAUCCAGCGGGUGCAGGCCAUGAAGAGUCCGGACCACAAUGGGGAGGACAACUUCGCCCGGGACUUCAUGCGAUUAAGAAGAUUGUCUACCAAAUAUAGAACAGAAAAGAUUUACCCCACAGCCACUGGAGAAAAAGAAGAGAAUGUUAAAAAGAACAGAUAUAAGGACAUACUGCCAUUCGACCACAGCCGAGUCAAGCUCACCUUGAAGACUCCCUCUCAAGAUUCAGACUACAUCAAUGCAAAUUUUAUUAAGGGCGUCUAUGGGCCAAAAGCAUAUGUGGCAACCCAAGGGCCUUUAGCGAAUACGGUCAUAGACUUCUGGAGGAUGAUAUGGGAGUACAAUGUUGUGAUCAUCGUCAUGGCCUGUCGAGAAUUUGAGAUGGGAAGGAAAAAGUGUGAGCGAUAUUGGCCUUUGUAUGGAGAAGAUCCUAUAACGUUUGCACCGUUUAGAAUUUCCUGUGAAAAUGAGCAAGCAAGAACAGACUACUUCAUUCGGACACUUUUACUUGAGUUUCAAAAUGAAUCCCGCCGGCUCUAUCAGUUCCAUUAUGUGAACUGGCCAGACCACGAUGUUCCUUCAUCCUUCGAUUCUAUUCUGGACAUGAUCAGCUUAAUGCGGAAAUACCAGGAACAUGAAGAUGUGCCUAUUUGUAUUCAUUGCAGUGCAGGCUGUGGAAGAACAGGUGCUAUUUGUGCCAUAGAUUACACAUGGAACUUACUAAAAGCUGGGAAAAUUCCAGAGGAAUUUAAUGUAUUUAAUUUAAUACAAGAAAUGAGAACCCAGAGGCACUCUGCAGUACAAACAAAGGAGCAGUAUGAGCUUGUUCAUAGAGCUAUUGCCCAAUUGUUUGAGAAACAGCUACAACUGUAUGAAAUUCAUGCAGCACAGAAAAUCGCUGAUGGUAAUGAAAUCACCCCUGGAAAUAUGGUCAGCUCUGUUGAUAGUGAGAAACAAGACUCUCCUCCUCCAAAGCCACCGCGGACUAGGAGUUGCCUUGUAGAAGGGGAUGCCAAGGAAGAAAUACUGCAGCCACCGGAACCUCACCCGGUGCCACCCAUCUUGACGCCUUCUCCCCCUUCAGCCUUUCCAACCGUUACUACUGUGUGGCAGGACAAUGACAGAUACCACCCAAAGCCAGUGUUACACAUGGUUUCAUCAGAACAACAUUCAGCAGACCUCAACAGAAAUUAUAAUAAAUCUUCAGACCUUACAGGGAAAAACGAAUCACCUAUUGAACAUGUAGAUAAAAAAUUAGAGCGAAAUUUAAGUUUUGAGAUUAAGAAAGUUCCUCUCCAAGAGGGCCCCAAAAGUUUUGAUGGGAACACACUGUUGAAUAGGGGACAUGCGAUUAAAAUUAAAUCUGCUUCAUCGUCUGUGGUUGACAAAACCUCUAGGCCACAGGAGUUAAGUUCAGGUAAUCUAAAAGUUGAAGGUGUUUCUCAGAAUUCCUGUGUGGACUGCAGUGUGACAAAUUCAGACAGAGUCCCCGAUUCUUCAGAAGAGUCCCAGAACUCACACACGCCGCCACGGCCAGACCGCUUGCCUCUCGAUAAGACAGGACAUGUGGCAUGGUCAUUUCAUGGACCUGAACACGCCACACCCGUAUCUGACUCAUCCGACGGCAAAUCCCCAGACAACCAUUCUCAGCCUGUAAAGACCGCGAGCUCAGCAGCAGCAGCCUCUCCGGCAGACGCGGACACCCACGAGCGCGUGGACCAUCACAGCAGCUCACCCCUGUUGAGAACGCCCCUCAGCUUUACCAACCCCCUGCACUCUGAUGACUCAGACUCAGAGGACAGGGACUCUGAUGGUGCUGUGACCAAGAACAAGACGAGCAUUUCCACAGCAAGCGCUACCGUCUCUGCUGCCAGCAGUGCUGAGAGCAGCUCCACCAGGAAAGUGUUGCCCAUGUCCAUUGCUAGACAGAACGUGGCAGGAGCUGAAGAAGAUGUUGAUGUUAGUGAAGAGUCGCCUCCUCCCCUACCUGAACGAACACCUGAGUCGUUUGUAUUAGCAAGUGAGCAUACUAUACCUGUGAGACCUGAAUGGAGUGAUCUCCCAUGUCAGGAGUCGGAACAGAGAGGGUCCGAAGACUUGAUGACCUCUGGAAAUGAAAAAUGUGAUGCAGGGGGCCUCCACACAGAGGCGUGCACAGACUCUCCAUCUCCUUUGAGCGACAAGAAAGAUGAAAUAACAGAAAGUCUAACUGAAGGCACAGAUAUUGGUUUUGGCAAUCGCUGUGGAAAACCUAAAGGACCAAGAGAUCCACCUUCAGAAUGGACAUGAUUCAGGGAGUUAAAAGACACUUUAAAUUAUACUGGAAAAUUCAAGUGCCACUGAAAGCCAGAUUUAUAGUAUUCCAUCUUUAAAAUGUGGGACUAACAGCAGUGUAGAUCGUUACCUUAAUGUUGUUGCUGGGACCGUCUACCUGCCUUAUACUACAUUUAGGAAAAAGUAUUACCAAUUGUUUAUUUUGUAACUUCAAGUAUUAUUGCCUUAAUGUCUCUUAACCCUGUUACAAGCUGCUUGUAGACCUGUUAAUAUAGUAAUACUUUUAUGAUAAUUGAGUUAAAGGACUACUCUUUUGCUGUUUUAUCAUGUAUGCAUUAUUUUGUAUAUGUACAGGGCAAGUAGGUAUAUAAUUUGAUAAAGUUGAAGUCAUAAAAUAUUAUUAACAAGAUGUAAGAAUUUCUGCAUGGUCUAAGUCUUUGUGUACCUUAUUUGUAAAUUAUUUGCCCUGAAGUUUUAGAAACAGUUUUGAAUUUUAAAAUUGCUGGUUUCAUGCAGACAGCGCUGCAGGUUAUCAGAGAUCAAAGAUUGUAACAAUAAUGCAUUUUGUAAAUUGUGAGCAAGAAGUUAUUUUUAUAUUAUUACUGUCUAAUUGUUCGUCCUGAUGGGUCUUGUUUUCAUCUAGCCACAGAGAUUCAGUAAGUGCCUUGGAACAAUAUUGAAUUCUCUUAGCUCGUGUGUGUUACUUUAAAUUUUGAAUUCAACUGGGAUUAGAAGACUAUCAGAAUAUAUGUAUGUUUCAGGAUAUUUGACCUAUUAAAAAAACAGUUUUACAGUGCUA